GACCUGAUUGAAAUGGAUCAAUUCGUCGAGUUAUAAUUACAGAAUUACUGUAUAUCAACAAACAGUGUGGAUCUUUUAUUUAAUGAAAUGUAUUGCUGGUGAAGGUAUUGUGGUUGAACUACGAAUUCUCGAGCAAUUAGCAAUUAACUGUGCUUGCGCAAAACUUUUUACCAAUUGGCAUCAACGAAGAGUGUGCCAUAAAAGCCAAUUGAUUUUAGUGAGUUAAAAAGGCUAGCUGUACUAAUGAGAAAACAAUCAACACGAUUGGUGAUUGCUUCUCGUUUGAUAUGCCUGCCCAGUAAUUAACCGCGGGGUUGAAUUCGGCCCAUUUGUUAAACUGUUUAUCGAACGCGGAGUCGUCGUGGAGAAUCAACACGUGUUGUGCUUUAAUUUUAAAUCAUCGACAUCUCUUUCAUAAACCCACGUCGUGCCUACAAAACUAAUGUGAUAAUUAUUAUAGUGAUACUAUGGCGGAAAAGGAGGAUAUAUUAUUCGUUUUGACGUAAAUUUAAACCUAGAAAAAAAGAAGAAAAAUGGACACACCAGACAAAUUAGGAGAUCGGCGGCUCAGAUUAAAUGUUGGAGGCGUUCGUUUUGAGACGUUGAAGAGUACAUUGGAACUGAAACCCGGUACCAGAUUAGCUCUUCUAGCACAUCUCCAGGAAUCCGACGAAACUUGGGAUGGGGAUACAGACGAGUACUUCUUUGACCGCCACCCAGGAGCUUUUACAGCCAUCUUACAGUAUUAUCGAACCGAUGAACUACAUACAGAUCAUAAUAUCUGUGGAAAUAUAAUAAAAGGGGAGUUAGAUUUCUGGGGUUUGAGUGAAUCGGAUAUUGAACCAUGUUGUUGGGGUAAUUACAGUCGAUUUAAAGACAAUAAAGAAACAUUGGCGGCUUUAGAUGAUAAUUUCAUGUCUAGUACAAUUGAAUCAAGCGAUGCCUGGAAUGAAAAACCCUCAAAUCUCAACAAGUUUAAACGUAAAAUGUGGAUAUUUCUGGAAGAUCCAACAUCGAGCAGAGGAGCAAAGGCCUACGCCUUGCUGUCCAUGUUUUUUGUUCUCUUAUCAAUUGGUGUUUUUUGUUUAGAAACGCAUGCGCUGUUCCGUGUUCCUCUGGAUGGUGUAACGGUGCCGAACGGAACAGUAUUGGCACCGUCAUACACCUAUAAAGGUGAGCACACGUGUUGCUGUAGAAUGAAAGUAAGUAAUGAACUGACGUUGUCGCAAACGGAGCCGCACGACGCAAUGACGUACUUGGAUUACCUGUGUGCGGCUUUCUUUACUUUUGAAUAUAUCACACGAUUUUUCUUCGCUCCGCAAAAAGUACAGUUUUUAAAGAAACCGUUGAACAUUAUCGACAUAUUGUGUUUAUUGCCUCAUUUUGUUUCCAUCAUUUUAAAAACCAUCAACCCGGCUGAUUCAGCGAGUCAGAUUUUAAAAUCUGUUUUAGCUCUGAGAAUUAUUCGAGUUCUAAGAAUCUUCAAACUAAUGAAACACUACACUGCUUUCAAAAUCUUAGUAUACACAAUAAAAGUCAGCACCAAGGAACUUCUUCUUAUGGUAAUAUUCCUCUUCACGGGUGUGCUAAUUUUCGCUAGUAUAAUAUUUUACGUUGAAAACAGCAACUUUAACAGCAUCCCUAUCGGAUUCUGGUGGGCGCUGGUAACCAUGACAACCGUGGGAUACGGAGACAAGGUCCCGGAAAGCGAAGGGGGGUACCUAAUUGGUUCUCUGUGUGUGUUAUGCGGUGUAUUAACUGUGGCAUUUACUGUACCCAUCGUAGUGAAUAAUUUCACAAUGUAUUACGCGCAUGCUCAAUCUAGAACAAAGAUCCCCUCGGAUAAAAAGAGACACGUUUCUAUACGAAACGCGACAAAGCACCAGAAGGCGACAGAGUUUGUGAAGAGAGUCGCCACUAAUUUUAAUAAUCUGGAUGAGUUGAAGACACCACGGUUUUCUCAGAAUGAAUCCGGGUUUAACGAUAACCAGCAGAAAGGUGAAGAACCGUAUAGAAGUAUCUUUCAGUCGCCCGAUGAUAAUAGCAGUUUAACCAGUUCUAGGAUCCAGUCAAUCUCGGCUAAUUUAGAGAACGCUGAUCUGCCACCAGGGACUCCGUCUAAUCUACCAGGAACUCCUGUUCAUCUGGAUUUCGAUGAGAAAUCGCCACAUUUUAUGGAGUCGGAACAACUGCUGAAUGAUCUGAAAGAUGCUCAAGAAAAACUACGUCUGGAGAAAAAAAGACAACUAGACUUGAUUAACCAGAGAAGAGAUCAGAUAAGACAACAAAGAACAACUCCUCGUCCAUCUCCUCCUGCAGACGCAUCCAAACUUGAAACGUAACAUCGGUACACGUUUUAAUUUCAUUUUUAAGAGGCGGAAUCAACGAUAAAAGAGACAAAUACUGGACAAACGCCAUCGGUGAAAUGUCUACAAGUCGUGAGAGUAAGGUUUAAUUCAACAAGAAUGUUUACCUGGCGAUCUGCAAGAUUUGUUCUUGUAUGUUGAGUGUGAAACUUUCUUGUAUCUCGUACUAUUUGAACUAGAAGUGGACAAUAUGAAUAUUUUAUAGACAUUGACUGUAUUAGAUGUCUAACCAAUGUGAUAAUGAUGUCGAUAAUGCUACUACUGUGUGGAUAGACUGCUGGUUAUCUGUAAAUAACAACCCAUAUUUCACAUUUUACACAUUACUGUCAACUAUUGAUGAUUUAACAAAUCCGUCCAUUGAGAUUUUUACGCAUAUUUUAUCCAUUUUGUUUUCAUACACGAGAGCUUUUCUUAAAUAUAUGUACACAAUUGCUAGUCUUUUAUCCAUUAUUUGUGAUAUUUCAUACUUUUUAACACCAUUUAACACCAUUAUCAUUUUAAAUUUUUACAGUAAAUUGUGACGUUUUUUGUGUACAAUGUAAGAAUAAUAUUUUUGCAGUUGACUGCUUUGUGUAAUACUGAUAAAUGGACUUGGGGCGCUUUUUUCACCCUAUAAAUUAUACACUUUCUAGAACCAUAUAUUUCUAGAUUGUAAGAACCCAUUAGUAAAUAUUGCAUACAUGUACAUAUGUAUACGUAAAAUACAGAUGUGACGCCAUCCUUUGAUGUUGGCGUACCAUUAUUUCAAAUAAUGGUGCGGCGAAUGUGCCAAGUGUACAUUAUUUAUAAUAGUUGAAGUUUUUGACCCGCGUGACGUAUUUCAUUGCAAAGGACAUGCGAGUGUCUGUAUUUUAAAGUUGUUUAAUGGUCUCGAGCUAAAGACAUUGCGUAAUAUAUUGAAACAACACGAAACAACACCAAUAUAAUACGCAAUGCCUUAAGAUCGAGACCAUUAAACCACACAUACUUGCCGUCACAAUGUCUUAAUUAUCCAUGAAUUGAUUAAUACUAGCUUAAUAUUUUCCGUGAAAUCUGAAUCAUCGAUCCCGGAUGAUCGUAGUUUCAAACGGAUUCACGGUCCCUCAAAUGGCGAUAACCGGCUUUAAAUGGGUUUAUAUUGAAAGUGGGCAACAUUGUACAAUCAGCAGCUUGCAUGUCGAGAAUUUUGCAAUGGCCAAAUCAAAUGGUUUUUAAAUCCGAAAAUGGUGGAUUUUGCGGUUUGAAUCGUGUUGUUUUUUUGUUGUUUUUUUUUAUUAAUUUAAUAAAAUCAUUUUAAAAUGAUUAUUGUUUGGAUGUAAAUUAUCAUAAUAUUGAAGAUGUAUGUAUGCAGAUAGUUUUCUGCUACAUCUACCUACCGGGUCUUUAUUUUUUAUUUUUUUUUUUUUUUGCUUCAAUUAGACAUUUAUUCACAUGCCAAGCCCAUAAUCAAUAUCUACACCACCGAAUAGCUUAGAUAAUGGGUUGAUUAGACAAUGCCCGCCAUAUCUUCGUUAAACAAUUAUAUGGACGCCACUCAAGAACACUGACAACCGAGACAUCAUUUAUUAUCGCGACAAGGGUACUUGACAAUCAAGAAUAUGAUCUGUCGAGCGACAGUGCUCUUGUCAAAACUUCAAACAAUCAUAACUUCCCUCAUACAUAAUAAAUUAUCUUUUUUUUAAAGAAUGAAAUGAAAUGGGGUUUAACGUCCUACUGUUCUGCUCCGAACUGGGCUAAUGAAGACGUUUUUUUUAAAAAGAUACAUUAGUUAAGAGUUUAAUAAAGAGUUGGUCGUUCUUGCUAUAAUAAUAUCAAAAAAAGAAAAUAUUGAAAAUUUCAUUCAAAUUACUUCAUUCUCAGCCAAGUUAUCAUUGUUUGUAGUUUUGACAAGAUCUGUGCACAGUGGUAACCAGGGCACUGGUAUAAUCGGGACUUAGCCUCGCUUUCCCAUUUUUAAAUUAAAUUUUUAAAUGGCGAACCGUUCUAAUCUAGUUAAAAUCUCGAGUAUCCGAUACUAUCGAGGGUCGAUUAUGGUCUUGUUUUGUUAAUAAAUGUCUAAUUAAUAGUUUAUAUAACAUUUCAGGCCUAAAGAAAGACCUGCAAUAGGCAGAUUUAGCUCUUGCAUAAUAUAUGUUUAACUAUUAUACCAAAAACAACCAGCUCUUGAUCUAAAUCUUACAUAAUGCAUCUUUAAUUUGCAUAUCAUCUUCAAGUCAUUAUCCAUUACUGUAAUUUACAUUGCUUCACGUUCAUCACUUCUUCAAUUUUAUCUUUCAUUUACGGAAUGAAGUCCGCAGAAUGAUUUUAUUCUUAAGGGAAAGAUUUGACCAAGAUUAUUUUUUCAUUAUAUUUAUUAUGUAAAUCUUGUUAUUUAUUGGUUAUUUGUUUGUUAACUAUUAUAUGAGAUUAUAUAUUCUA